UCUGUCGGAAUUUGCAAAAUAGAUGCGUUUAUUUAUUUAAAAGUUCGUGUAGUCUUAGAACGAGUCAAUAACAAUUAAACAAAUAGCAUGUCGAGCUUUGUGUUGGAUAAAGAGGCUUUCGUACGGCGAAUAAAGCGUCUGUACACAGAGUGGAAGACGCCCAACAUUGACCACGAUGAUGCACUGAGUAAUCUGGACUGUAUUAUGAGCGUUGUUGGUGUGGAUGAAGAUGUUAUCUAUUCAAAGUCUAUGGCGCUGCAGCUCUGGCUACUUGGAUAUGAACUGACGGACACAAUAUCCGUGUUUGCCUCGGAUGUGAUCUAUUUUUUGACUAGCAAGAAAAAAAUAGAGUUUCUUAAGCAAGUCCAGUCCAUUACUGAGGAGGGUGUGCCAGAGAUAAAGCUACUUGUGCGAGAUCGUAAUGAUAAGGAUCAGGCCAAUUUUGGAAAGCUCAUAAAAACCAUACAGGACUCGCACAAAGGCAAACGUCUUGGUGUUUUUAUCAAAGAUGCAUUCGCGGGCGAAUUCUGCGAGUCUUGGAAAAAGAUGCUCACGGCUGCCAACUUUGAGCAUGUGGACAUAAGCGUGACAAUUGCAUAUUUGAUGUGCCCUAAGGAUGAAACCGAAAUAAACAAUAUACGUAAAGCGUCAUUGGCUUCAAUGGAAGUGUUUAACAAAUAUCUAAAGGAUGAAAUAAUGGACAUUAUUGAUUCUGAUAGGAAAGUAAAGCACACAAAACUCUCAGAUGGCUGCGAGGCGGCCAUUGGCGAAAAAAAGUAUACUAGCGGCUUGGAUCCUAGAUUACUUGAUAUGGCGUAUCCACCCAUCAUACAAUCAGGUGGCGCCUACAGCUUGAAGUUUUCAGCUGCUGCAGAUAAGAACAAUUUGCACUUUGGUGUGAUCGUCUGCUCACUAGGUGCUCGCUAUAAAUCCUAUUGCUCCAAUAUUUCGCGCACGUUUUUAGUGAAUCCCACAGAGACCAUGCAGGAGAACUACACGUUUCUGGUAAAUGUUCAAGAAGAAAUACUCAAACUGCUUGUGCCAGGAGCCAAGCUGUGUGAAGUUUAUGAGAAAUCUCUGGCCUAUGUGAAGAAAGAAAAACCCAACAUGGUGGAUAAUUUGACCAAGAGCUUUGGCUUUGCCAUGGGUCUGGAGUUUCGAGAAAACUCCGUUGUUAUUGGACCCAAGUGCAAGGCGCUUAUUGAAAAGAACAUGGUUUUUAAUUUGCAUGUGGGCAUCUCCAAUUUAAUCAAUUCCGAUGCAGCCGAUAAGGAAGGCAAAACCUAUGCGCUGUUUGUAGGUGACACUGUGCUAGUGGGUGAACAAUCGCCGGCUAGUAUAAUGACGCCAUCUAAGAAGAAAAUCAAGAAUGUUGGCAUCUUCAUCAAGGACGAUGAUGACGAGGAGGAGGAUGUCGAUGAUAAGAAGGCAUCCAAAGGAGAUCAGGGCACUGAAAUUUUAGGACGCAGCAAACGCAAUGCUGUGCUGGACUCCAAGCUCCGGAACGAGAUUAACACUGAGGAGAAGCGCAAAGAGCAUCAACGGGAGCUGGCUAAGCAGUUAAAUGAGCGCGCACGCGAACGUCUUGCCAAGCAGGGUAAUUCUAAGGAAGUGGAGAAGGUGCGCAAAAAUACAGUCUCCUACAAGUCCAUGAGUCAAAUACCACGCGAACCCGAAGUCAAGGAGCUUAAGCUUUAUGUUGACAAGAAAUAUGAAACGGUCAUAAUGCCCGUGUUUGGCAUACAGGUGCCUUUCCAUAUAUCCACCAUUAAGAACAUUUCACAAUCUGUGGAGGGCGAAUACACAUAUUUGCGCAUAAACUUUUUUCAUCCAGGCGCCACCAUGGGCCGCAACGAGGGCGGUCUCUAUCCACAACCGGAGGCCACAUUUGUCAAGGAAGUCACUUAUCGCAGCUCGAAUUUAAAGGAACAUGGUGAGAUAUCCGCACCUUCAGCCAAUCUGAAUAAUGCCUUUAGGCUGAUUAAGGAGGUGCAGAAACGCUUUAAAACACGUGAGGCCGAGGAGCGUGAAAAGGAAGAUUUAGUUAAGCAAGAUACGCUCAUCCUGUCGCAAAACAAGGGCAAUCCCAAGCUCAAGGAUCUGUAUAUAAGGCCAAAUAUUGUGACCAAGCGCAUGACUGGCAGCCUGGAGGCGCAUACCAAUGGAUUCCGCUAUAUAUCUGUGCGCGGCGACAAGGUGGAUAUCCUUUACAACAACAUCAAGAGCGCAUUUUUCCAACCUUGCGAUGGUGAAAUGAUUAUUUUGCUGCACUUUCAUCUCAAAUACGCAAUUAUGUUCGGCAAGAAAAAGCAUGUAGACGUGCAAUUCUACACUGAGGUCGGCGAGAUAACAACAGAUCUGGGCAAGCAUCAGCAUAUGCACGAUCGCGAUGACUUGGCCGCCGAGCAGGCAGAGCGUGAGUUGCGUCAUAAGCUUAAAACUGCAUUUAAGAGCUUUUGCGAGAAGGUCGAAGCCAUGACUAAAGCACAGGUGGAGUUUGAUACGCCAUUCCGUGAGUUGGGCUUUCCUGGAGCGCCCUUCCGUAGCACAGUCACACUCCAGCCCACGUCAGGAUCAUUGGUCAAUCUUACCGAGUGGCCGCCAUUUGUCAUCACGUUGGAUGAUGUGGAGCUGGUGCACUUUGAGCGCGUUCAGUUCCAUUUGCGCAACUUUGAUAUGAUAUUCGUAUUUAAGGAGUAUAUCAAGAAGGUCGCCAUGGUGAAUGCCAUACCCAUGAACAUGUUGGAUCACGUUAAAGAGUGGCUAAACUCUUGCGACAUACGUUAUUCAGAGGGUGUUCAAUCACUCAACUGGCAAAAGAUUAUGAAAACCAUAACUGAUGAUCCAGAGGGAUUCUUUGAGCAAGGCGGCUGGACAUUUUUGGAUCCUGAAUCUGGCAGCGAGGCUGAAAAUGAAUCCGCCGAAUCUGAAGAGGAUGAGGCCUACAAUCCCACUGAUGCCGAGUCAGAUGAUGAGUCCGAUGAAGAUUCGGAGUACUCCGAGGCUUCUGAAGAUGAAAGCGAUGAUAGCGAAGAUCUUGGUUCGGAUGAGGAAUCUGGCAAAGACUGGUCUGACCUGGAGCGCGAGGCGGCUGAAGAAGAUCGCAACAAUGAUUAUCCUGUUGACGAUAAGCGCAAUGGCAAAUUUGAUGCAAAGAAGCACAAGGGUUCAAAGCACAGUCGUCGCGAGCGUGAGGAGCAGCGAUCGUCGCACAGUAAAAAACAUAAGUCAAACUCCUCCUCUUCUUCACAUUUAAAAUCCUCCAGCUCCAAACAUGGCAGCUCAUCUAGCCCAUCGAAGUCGUCCAAGGACAAGUAUCACAAUCGGGACAAGCAUCAUUCCUCCUCGUCGUCGGGACACAAACAUAACAGCAGCAAAGAUAAGGAUCGCAAGCGCUCGCGUGAAGACAGUCGAGACAACGGUCACAAGUCAAAGAAGUCGCGACACUAAGCACUCGAAGAAACUAAAUACCUUACGUUAGGUUGUCUAUUAACUUUUUUCACAACUGUCCAGUAGAAU